AUGCCGGAGCCCAGCAAACAGGUGCCCGGCGAUGCCACAGAAGCAUUGCUACCGCGGCUUCCCAGGCUCUUUGAGCUUUUCACUGCAGAGGGGCUCUGUUUCCUGGAUGUGCUGGCGUCGAUUUCACGUCGCCUGAUUUGCGCUGCAUGUCAAAAGGACGAGGCAGGUGGUGACAUCCCACGUGUUGCGCUUCCCCGCGCCCUGCUGGUUGCACUGCUCAGCGCGCUGCGCACGCGCCGCAGCGGCGUUCAUGCCAUGCUGCAGCUGGCGGAAGCGCUGGUGGCCUGGGCUGAGAGGAGUUCGGAGGUGCAAACAGCCACCAGGCAGCUGGUGCUGGAUCUCUACAGCUCCCUAUCUCUUCAGCUCAGUUCUCCCACCUCGGAGCUGAGCCAAGUGCUAGGGCCUCUGCUGGCGCUGGGGCACCGGGGGGUGGACCUAUGGACCUGCGACAAGAUAGGUUUGGGAAACAAGAUCUUCGGCUCGGCACUCUCCAUCUUGGAGGCCUCCGAUGGCCAGCAGCCUGAAGGAGAAGCCGUGCCUACGGUGUCUCCACGGGUGGCGGCAGAGUUGCUGCAGCUCUUGACGUUGCUGAGUUGUUGGCGAGCAAGGUGUUUACUCGGCGAAGCGUCAAAGGAAAAUUCAGGUGCCACGGUGCUGUUGCUGUUUUCUGAUGUGGUGCCACCUGAUUCGCGCCAGCUGCAGCAAGGUGUCUCAGUUGUCACAACAUGUGGAACGCUGACCACCGCUGCGCGACUUCCGUGGCACUGUCCAAGGCCGAACGCCUGGGAAGGUUUCAAAGACCUGGCCACCUUUGAGAUCCAGUUGAAACCCAUGGGAUUCAAGCGCUGCCCCGCCUGCCAAUAUCCCUGUGAGAAAGCGGACCCCUUGUCCUGUGAUCACAUCACCUGCGAAUGUGGCCAUCAAUUCUGCUGGAAUUGUGGUGAAGACCGACGGGUGAUCUAUGCCCAUGACCUUAGCUAUCAUCACCCAAGGUGCAAGUUCUACGUGCCCUGUGACGAGAAACCCAAGUUGGAGAAGAAUUGCCCAAGAUGUAAAGAGACCGGAAUCCCGUGCUUGCGUCCGUCUGAAGAAGAAGCAGCCACAAAGGCCAACGUCCAGAAAGAGCAGCUGGGGCUCUACAUGAAAAAUUGGCGCCGCACCGAGGAACGCGACGCGGCAUUGGUCUCAGAGAAGACGGAGGUCCGCGCUGGCGCUCCGCCCUUUGGAGAAGUCUUUGCUCAGAUGUUUUGCGGUGGUCCAUUGGCAUCUUGUUGCAGAGUUCUGGGCACCGAAAACGCCCGCAGAUGA